UCUUUUGGUUGUGCUCAAAUAUUUUCAAUAAUUUUGUCAUCUUUUAUUAAAAAAAAAUAAAUAAUAUAAUAAAUUUAGAAAAUUCUUAAACAAUUUACUGAAGUUUUUACGUAUAAAUAAAAUAUGGAUAUAAAAAGUCGUAGUGCUACCAAGGGAACAAAACCUUCACUUCCAACGGAAAAGAAAAAGUUGCAGGAACAAAAACUGUCCACAGAUGAAAAGAAAUGUAUAGCCGAAUUAAAGAAACUGUAUAUGGAAACAAUAAAACUGGAUGUAGAUUUGCAGCGUGAAAUCUAUAAUCUAGAAAAAUCAUUCGAAAAGAAACACAAUGAAAUCUUCGAUAAACGGAUUAAAAUACUAGAAGAAUUUAAAAAUGUAGCAAAAGGUGGAGAUGCUAAAGAUGAGGGUCAAGUUAAUAAUUUCUGGCUGAAAGUCUUAAAGGCUUCCUAUACCGAGUUUAUAAGCAAAAGGGAUGAAAAAAUAUUGGUGCAUUUAAGCGAUAUACGUUCAAAACUUUACAAUGAACCAGUGGUCAAGUUCGUGAUUGAAUUUUUCUUUGAGCCCAAUGAUUAUUUUUCAAAUCGCAUUUUAACUAAAACUUAUUAUCUAAACUGUUUGCCGGAUAAUGAUGAUCCUCUAUCUUAUGACGGUGCCGAAAUCUAUAAAUGUGAGGGUUGUAAAAUUGAUUGGAAACAGGAAGAUAAGGAGCAUGAGAAAAAAUCGUUUACUACAUUUUUUGACUUUUUUGAUCCACCUACACUACCUGAUAAUCCUGAAGAUCCAACAUACGCGGAUAUUAAUGUAAUUCUCCAAAAUGAUUUUGAAUUGGGUUUCUACUUAAAAGAGCGAGUCAUACCAAAAGCUGUAAUGUUUUUCACUGGGGAAAUUGCCGAUUGCUUAAGUUCUGAUUCGGAAACUGAUACCGAUGAUGAAGACGCCGAAGAUAAUGAUAAUGAUGCUACAUCUUUGCCAACUAAAUAAAC